AAGUGCAGACAGCACCUCGUCCUCAUCAAUGAGCGCGGCCACCUAGUCCAAGAAGGUGUAGUCCGGGGACCGUCGUGGGUUGUGUAGACCAGCCAUGGCUCCUCCGAGCGCUGCGGCCAGCUGGGGCCCCGGACUCUGCGGGGGGCCCUGAGCUCCGGAGUGGGCGGUGUGUUCAGGUGAGAGGCCGUCGGGGAGCGCGCAGGGAGAGCACCGGGCACCAUGAACCCCCGCCCGCCGCCGCUGUCGCUGUGGCUGUUGCUGCUGCUUACCGGCGCUGCGCACACUGUUGGAGCUCUCCCUCGACUAUGUGAUGUGCUACGUGUGCAGAGGGAUGAACAAGACCAGUGCCUGCAGGAACUCUCCAGAGAGAGGACAGGAGACCUAGCCACGGUGCAGCCAGUCCUGGGCUGCGAGGGGCUAUGGGACAACAUGAGCUGCUGGCCCUCCUCUGAGCUGGGACAGACUGUGGAAGUGGAGUGUCCUCGAUUCUUCCAGAUGCUCACCAGCAGAAGUGGUUCCAUGUUUCGAAACUGCACACAGGGUGGCUGGUCAGAAAUCUUCCCCAGGCCUGACCUGGCAUGUGGGGUCAAUGUGAACGACUCGUCCAAGGAGACCAACCAGAAGCGGCACGAGUACCUGCUGAAGUUGAAGGUCAUGUAUACUGUGGGCUACAGCUCCUCCCUGGUGAUGCUCCUGGUUGCUCUCAGCAUCCUCUGUUCUUUCCGGAGGCUCCACUGCACCCGCAACUACAUCCACAUGCACCUGUUUGUGUCCUUUAUCUUGCGUGCCCUGUCCAUCUUCAUCAAGGAUGCUGUGCUCUUCUCAGACGAUGGUGUCCACUGCGAUACCCACAUGGUGGGCUGUAAGCUGGUCAUGGUCUUCUUCCAGUACUGCAUCAUGGCCAACUAUGCCUGGCUGCUGGUGGAAGGCCUCUACCUUCACACACUGCUCGUCAUCUCCUUCUUCUCAGAAAGGAAGUGCCUACAGAGAUGUGUAGCCCUCGGAUGGGGUUCCCCAGCCAUUUUUGUUGCUUCAUGGGCUAUCACCAGGCACUUUCUGGAAGAUGUUGGGUGCUGGGACAUCAACGCCAAUGCAUCUGUCUGGUGGGUCAUUCGAGGGCCUGUGAUCCUCUCCAUCCUGAUUAAUUUCAUCCUUUUUAUAAACAUUCUAAGAAUCCUGAUGAGAAAACUUAGAACCCAAGAAACAAGAGGAAAUGAAGUAAACCAUUAUAAGCGUCUGGCCAGGUCCACGCUCCUGCUGAUCCCGCUCUUCGGCGCCCACUACGUCAUCUUUGCCUUUUCACCGGAGGAUGCCAUGGAGAUCCAGCUGUUUUUCGAACUGGCUCUGGGCUCGUUCCAGGGCCUGGUGGUGGCUGUCCUCUACUGCUUCCUCAACGGGGAGGUACAGCUGGAGGUUCAGAAGAAGUGGCGGCAGUGGCACCUGCCCGAGUUCCCACUGUGUCCCUUGGCCCUCAGCAACUCCUUUAGCAACGGCAACAGCGGCCACACCCACAGCACCAAGGCCAGCCCCUCGGAGCCAAGUCCGGACACCUGCAGGGCCAGCGUCAUCUGAGGCUGGAGCAGGGUCAGCCAUGGACUUAAGUCAAGCUGGGUCCUGAGAGGGCAGGACACUGCUUCGGGACAGUCCAUCUUCCUCACAGACAUCGUAUGCUUUCCCCCUGUGACUAAUAACCUCUCCUCCAGG